AUGGCUCUACUCUCUCUCAACUACGAUGUGCUCUCCGCGAUCGUCGAGCAGACAGACCCGUCCUCGGCACUCAAACUGUCGAUGGCUUCUCGUGGGGCCUACGACCUCGGAAUUGCCCAAGCCCUCGCUAGCGUCACUCUGUCUCGAUCCCAGCGACAAGUCUCAGCCUUUUGCCAGUUUCUCCUAGCGGAUCCGACUCGGUUACCGCAGCUCCGCGAGCUCACUAUCGAGAGCUCUGCCUUUGGUGUUGCUCGUCACAUCGAAUUCCAGCGCACCGCCGACUUCUCUGCCGCUGCGGAGCUUGCAGACGUCUUGCGAAGAGCUCGCCGCCUGCGGCGCCUCUCCAUAGCGUGCUUCGAGGACUUCCUCGCGCACGAACCACGCAUAGGCGAUGCCAUCUGCGCGUUGCCGGAGCUUGUGGAGAUCAGUCUUCAUAACUGCGGCCAAUUGGCAACGGGCGUCCUCUCUCACCUGCGGGGCUCGUUACGAAAAGUGCAGUUCACCGCUCUAUUCAAUCGAAAGCUGCCCACCUUCUUCCACCGACUGCAAUCGCAAGAUCGCAUCGAAACGCUAGAGCUCGCUCAUCUAGACCUGUCAGAUGGCAGCCAGCCAUAUGGCGAAGUCCACGAACUUCCCCACAUGCCGUCAUGGGACAUAGCAUGCCCGGUGCGAUGGCUCCAGCUUGGGCUUACCGCUUACCACUACGACACGGCAAUCGACAUCAUUCGCCGCACAACCCCCGCCAUUCUUUCGCUGCCCGUGGAGACCAAGGUAGACGCGACGUUCUGGACCAGGUUCGUUGAUGUAGCCUCGGGUGUACGGCAUCUCGAGCUGUGCUUGGACGAGGGGAAGGUCCAUAAACUAUCCUGGUGGCUGGUGCGUCUGUGUGUCCUUUGA